GCGCGCUCUCUCUGUUUACCGCGCGGUACUACAGCCGGUGCGCGUGUCUCGUUCCAAUCGAAUUUUCCGGCGGAGGUAGUUGCAGCAGCGUUCCAUGGUGUUAUCCCUUGCUAUCGGUGUUAAUUCAUGCUGAUGAUAUUCGAUUUAACGAUCGGAAACGAGCGUACCUAUUUCAGGCGCGAGACAUAAAAAUUAUAGUUGUUUUCGGCGGAUGCGAUGAAUAAAUUUUGCAAAUCGAGUCUGUGUGUCGAAAAGAAGGUUCGUGAGCACUAUGUUUUGAACGGGCGGCGUGUUGUGGCCGUGCCGGGUGGCGUGGAUGCGAUCCGGCUCUCUGAGGACGUCUCGGUCUUCGCGAGACUACAGUGCCACCGACCGGACUGCGGUCUGGAGUUGUCGAUUCGGACCGGGGAUGAAUCGCCGCCGACUCUGAGAGUGGACACGUGCUAAGAUAGAACAAAACCGCCACCUACGUUACCCUCCCGUGAAGACUUCCGACAGUGAGACUUUUCAAGUGCCAUUUGGAACCAGUUUACCAUACAGUGAUAUUUAGCUAUAGCGCUAGCACUCGCUAGCUAGGUGUAGUGAUAGACAUAGGUGAGGUGCUAAUAGUAUUUAGUGUUUAAAGUGACCAAAAAAGUUACGAAGCUGGCUCCGUACAAGGAUAUAUUGAACUCAUCUAGUAUGAGCUCGGCUGUGCCAAGUAUCAAGUGUGAGGAGUCGCCAUCGCCGAGUGCGCCCCUCGGGGCUGAGGGGGAGACAGAAGGAGCAUUCAAGAUGAGCAUCAACGUGAACCUCAGCACUGCCAUGAUGAACUUACUGGCGGCCGACAACGUGGGCCCCGCGCUGCGCACGCCAGAGAUCGUCAAUGACGUCAUCACCAUGACCAACCCAUUAGACCAGUACAACUAUAAUGAAAAAAGUUCUACCUUCAAGGGCGGAAGCGGAAACGACUCUAACUCAUCGAUGUCCAACGGCUCGUCCGCCACUUCUCCGGCCUCUGGUACUCCCCCCAGCAUACAAAAGACUUGCUCGGAUCUGAUCAAGGCCGGCUUAAAGCUGUCGAUAGAGUCGAAACGCAAGAUGUCCGGCAGCGAUACUGACGGCGGCCUCAAGCGCUUCAAGAAAGAGGACAGCGAUGACGACUACGAUAGCAGUCAUACGCAUACCGUCAAAAACGAAGGGCUAACCCCGGAAGACGAGGAGCGCAGGCGACGCAGAAGAGAACGGAAUAAAAUAGCGGCAACCAAGUGCAGGAUGAAGAAACGAGAGCGCACCGUCAACCUGGUCACUGAGAGCGAGGUUCUGGAGAAUCAAAACCAAGACCUCAAAGCGCAGCUAAAGGAUUUGGAAGUUCAAAAACGGCAACUCAUCGACAUGUUAUCGCUGCACGCAGGCUCCUGCGUCAAAAACAACUCCACGACAAGAACUUCUUCUUCGACGUACAACAUGCUGCGUACUUACGAACCUCAGACAUUCCCCGCAAACUUUGACGCACAAUCACCUUACAUCAGACCGGAGUCCGCUAACAUCCUCGCAUCAAGUUACACAUGUGUUACACCACUUAAUGGAGACUCUUCCAUAGACACGAUCUCUUCACUCGACAACACAUAUAUCACCCAACAAGUAAUAGACGUUGACUACAACCGACCAGAUAGUGUACUCAGUCUUCCACCCAAUUCUGAUCAGCACUUUAUUAACACAGACGGCUAUAUGCCUAAAGCAGCCAAUUUACUCGUUCCCAUCGAACACGAGGCCGAGUAUUACGAAACAGAAGUGAAUUACAACUUGUCAUCCGGCCAGCCAUGCCACACGUAUCCUGGCACCAUCUCAGAUGCUCAAACGAAAAUCGCCAACGGCCUAAACGACGGCUGUCUCGUUUAGCUUUCCACCCCAUUACCAUUUUCGGGUCCAAAAUUCUCUUUGACGUGUAUACGUAUAUUUUUAAGAAAUUGCGAAAAUUCGAAAUAUCACCGGCAUUUUAGUUCUUACAUAAUCGUUUUUCUUUAACAUUUUAAAUAAUAUGUUUUUGUUGUCUACGUGAAAUGCACCGCCCGUAACGUACGUAAAAUAAAACAGAAAUUCAAACUACAUUAUUUUUAACAGUUAUAAUCGAGGGUUUUAUUUCGAAUCGUAAAGUAUGUCUACUGUGUAGAACAACAACGUAGAUUUAAUAAAAACUGUAACAAUAAGUUACUUUAUGCAGUUAUAAGGUCAGUGGGCGAUUCGCCAUUUUAAUCGAGGUAGGUGCUAUUUUUAAGUUGAUUUUAAUAAACUACGCGAACGUCACAUAAUAUAUUUAUUCGUUCUUAAUUUCCAAUGUGUUGUGAAAUAAUAAUUUCGAGUCACCUUUAACAACAGCUGCGACUGUGAAACAGUUGCUUAUGCCAGCUACACACCUUUAAUUCUUAAACCAUAGUUUUAACUGUACACUUAGUACUGAGCAAAUCACUGUCAGUUACACUGUACUAUAUAACUAUUAGUUAUAGUUUUGCUUGCACAUACGCAGUAUAAACUUUACAGUUAAAACUGUGCAGUCAAAACUAAAGGUGUGUAGCAGGCAUUAGGUGGCGAUGGUUUUAAUUUAAUUUAGUUGUUUAACAAGAUACCGUAUUCGUUUUUAAGUUCUUUAAUUUUGCUUUGAUCUGUACAAAAUAUUUAUUGUCACUUUAGAUCUGAUUAAUUAUAUCGAAGGUGCAAUAGUUUAAAAGUUUAAAUGACAUAAUAGUUACGCAGUGUCUAGUCUGUAGACACCAAAUAUAUGUAACUGUUAACACCGAUAUUCUCUUCCAGUACAAUAAAAUGAAAUACCUCCUGUUGAAAUUCCGAAAGUAUAUUCUAUGUUACACAAGUAAAAGGAUUUAAUAUUCCACAUUUAUGUAUAGGCAUAAGAUAAUGUAGAUAUUAAGAUGCUUUAACUCAGAUGAAAUCGUGAUAUGAUUAUUAU